AUGACGAGAAUAUGGGAGCCGGUAGGCACCCAAAUAAGUUUGCUCAUAAAACUUAAACAGACAGAUUAGGAAGUAUUGGAGUAAGUCAUUGGUAAUGGAGGAAGUAGGAGGAGAGAAGAAGAUAGGAAAAAUGGAGAAAGAAUGGGAUUUAUACGAAGCAUUCAACGAACUCCAUGGAUUAGCUCAAGAAUUCUCGACUCCAUUUGAAGCUCCAGCAAUUCUUGUAGUGGGUCAUCAGACAGAUGGGAAGAGCGCAUUGGUUGAAGCUUUAAUGGGCUUUCAAUUCAACCAUGUUGGUGGAGGAACCAAGACUCGACGACCCAUUACUCUACACAUGAAGUAUAACCCUGACUGUGAAUCCCCUCUUUGUUUCCUUGUCUCUGAUUCUGACUCUUCUCUUCUUCAACACAAGUCUCUUGAGGCAAUUCAGGCAUUCAUUGAAGCAGAGAACAUGAGGCUGGAGAGUGAGCCAUGCCAGUUCUCUUCUAAGGAAAUAAUCAUUAAAGUAGAAUAUAAAUACUGUCCGAACCUCACCAUUAUAGACACUCCAGGUCUCAUUGCUCCUGCUCCAGCUAGAACUCCAGGUCGAAAGAGUCAUUCACUGCAGGCUCAAGCUUCUGCUGUUGAGUCACUAGUUCGGGCAAAAAUGCAGCAUAAGGAGUUCAUCAUAUUAUGCCUCGAAGAUUGUAGUGAUUGGAGCAUUGCAACUACUAGAAGGGUGGUAAUGCAAGUUGAUCCAGAGCUUUCAAGGACUGUAAUUGUGUCAACGAAGCUUGAUACUAAGAUACCACAAUUUGCACGUACUUCUGAUGUUGAAGUUUUUCUCUCUCCACCAGCAUGUACUCUGGAUGGUUUCAUACUGGGUGACUCACCAUUUUUCACAUCAGUACCCUCUGGAAGAGUUGGUUCAUCUCCUGAUUCUGUUUUCAGAUCAAAUGACGAGUUUAAAAAGGCUAUUUGUUUGAGGGAGGUGGAAGAUAUCUCAUCUUUGGAGGAGAAACUAGGCAGACCGUUGUCAAAGCAAGAAAGGAGCAGAAUGGGUAUAAGCAGCCUGAGACUGUUUUUAGAAGAAUUACUGCAGAAGAGGUUCAUUAAUAGUGUCCCAUUGAUAAUUCCACUUCUUGAGAAAGAGCACCGAAAUACAACGCGAAACCUGAAUGAAAUUAAUGAAGAAUUCAGCAUGUUGAAUGAAUUAAAUUUGAAGGAGAAAGGAAGACACUUUCAUGAUCAGUUUCUUACAAAGUUAUCAUUGCUACUGAAAGGGUCCAUUGUAGCUCCACCAGAUAAGUUCGGGGAAACACUCCAAGAUGAGAGAGUAAAUGGAGGAGCAUUCACUGGUCCUGAUGGCCUUCAAUUUCCGCCGAAGUUAAUACCUAAUGCAGCAAUGCGUCUCUAUGGGGGUGCACAAUAUCAUCGUGCUAUGGCUGAAUUCCGUUUUGUGGUAGGAGGAACUAAAUGUCCCCAAAUAACACGUGAAGAAAUUGUAAAUGCUUGUGGAGUUGAAGAUAUUCAUGAUGGAACAAACUAUUCAAGGACGGCUUGCGUGAUAGCUGUUUCAAAGGCUCGUGACACAUUUGAACCUUUUCUUCAUCAGUUGGGACACAGGCUUUUGCACAUUCUCAAGAGAUUGCUUCCUAUAUGUAUCUACCUUCUACAGAAGGAUGGUGAAUAUUUGAGCCGUAAUGAGGGUUUUCUGGGUCGUGUUACGUCAGCCUUCAACAAUUUUGCAGAAUCUACUGAAAAAUCAUGUCGAGAAAAGUGUAUGGAAGAUCUAGUGAGCACAACCCGCUAUGUUUCUUGGUCUCUCCAUAACAAGAAUCGAGCUGGUUUGCGUCAUUUUCUGGACUCCUUUGGGGCGAGUGCGACAGAUCCAUCUGUUCUUGGUGAUUCAACACAAAAAGAAAAACCAGAAACCACGCCAAAAAUGGCAGCAAAAUCGAGUCACUUGGCCUCAGGCAUGGACUCCAAUGGUUCUGCCCAGCUGGCAGAAACGAGACUUGCUGACCUGCUGGAUAACACUCUUUGGAACCGGAGACUUGCUCCUUCAUCUGAGAGGAUUGUCUAUGCUCUAGUACAGCAAAUAUUUCACGGGAUAAAAGAGUACUUUUUGGCAUCUGCUGAGUUAAAGUUCAACUGCUUUCUCUUAAUGCCAAUAGUAGACAAGCUACCUGAACGUUUGCGGGAAGACUUGUCUAAAUUUGAAGAUGAUGUUGAUACCAUCUUUGAUGCUGCUAGUUUGAGAAGCUCUUUGGAUCAGCGCAAACGAGACAUGGAGAUUGAACUGAAACGAAUUCGAAGGCUCAAGGACAAAUUUAAACAAAUUCACACGCAGCUAUAUCAUGAUAUAAAGUCUGUGCCAUAGCUUUCUACUAAUGUAAUUAUUCUUUAGUGCAAAGAGAUGGAUUCAAUAUCUUUUAAUUUUGGUUUCGCUGAUUCUACAAAGUUGAAGAGAGUGAUCAGAUUCUCUGCUGUACAAUUUGAUGCUUAUAUAUAUCGAUGCCUUCUUUUUUCCCUAUCAAAA